GAGCUCGAACAGAUGGCGAAGGAGCAAGAUAAAGAGUCGGAGAAACAAGCCUUACUGCGGGAAGUGGAAAACCAUAAGAAACAAAUGCUCAGCAAUCAGGCAGCUUGGAGAAAGGCAAAUCUAGCUUGCAAAAUCGCUAUCGACAACUCUGAGAAAGAUCAACUGCUGCAGGGAGGAGACUCCUUAAGACAAAGGAAGACUACAAAGGAAAGUCUGGCAGAGAGUGCAAGUAACAUCACGGAGAGCCUGAUGGGCAUUAGCAGGAUGAUGUCACAGCAAGUCCAGCAGAGUGAGGAGACUGUGCAAACCCUAGCCAAUUCUUCACGAACCAUCCUGGAAGCAAAUGAAGAAUUUAAGUCCAUGUCUGGGACAAUUCAGCUGGGGCGAAAGCUAAUAACAAAGUACAAUCGCAGGGAACUGACGGACAAGCUGCUAAUCUUUCUUGCCCUUGCCUUAUUCCUGGCCACAGUGCUCUAUAUUUUGAAAAAAAGACUCUUUCCAUUUUUGUAAAAUUCCAAAGCUGAACUGAACUAUUACGAAAGAUCAGAAAGAGAUGGCACAAUAACGGUAGGGCUUUUAAAUAAAAUAAUAAAGGGAUAUUGCAAUAGCUGAAAGAGCGUUAGAGCAGGCAUGACUUUAUACUGUCCCCAUGGAGCAUGUGACCUGCCUAAGAAGAGCUUAAAUGAGCAC